AUGGCAGCUCCGCAACCACGAUCUCCUGUCGCCGCCGACUCCGAGAGCAGAGAGUCCUCAUUGGCGCGUGACGAGGGACAUGUUGGAUUGGCUCCCUCGAUCCCCGGCUUGUUCACCUCAGAACCCCCCAUCCGAGAUGCCUUGGCCACGGACAGCUCGCAGAUCCAGGACGAGACCGUGGAGGAGUGCAUGCCGUUUCUGACGGGCUACGGCCACGACAACUGCAAUGCCCACGGCAUACCUCCGCUCCUGCGGGAUCGCCAUGUGAAAUUCCUGCAGAAGCAGCUGGGCUUGCUGCCCUCCAUGUUCAAGGGUGCGGACCCAAGCCGGCCGUGGAUAUUCUACUGGUGCCUCGCCGGACUGUCUCUUCUCGGUGAAGAUGUCGCUGGAUAUCGCUCGAGGCUCAUCGAAACUGUGCGACCCAUGCAGAAUGAGACGGGGGGCUUCGCAGGAGGCUUUGGCCAGACUUCCCAUCUUGCCACCACGUAUGCAGCCGUCCUGUCGCUGGCUCUGGUCGGCGGGGACGAGGCCUAUGAGCUGGUUGACAGGAGGAGCAUGUGGAAAUGGCUCUGCUCGCUUAAGCAACCCGAUGGGGGGUUCCAAAUGGCCGUGGGUGGUGAGGAAGACGUGAGGUGA